AUGGUACUCGAUAUUGAAUUACUUCGUCGAAAUCCAGAAAUAGUUCGUGAUUCUCAAAAAAAACGUUAUAAAGGACUUGAACGUGUCGAAAAAGUUAUUGAACUUGAUACACAAUGGCGUACAGUUCGUUAUCAAGCUGAUCAAUGGAAUAAAAUAAAAAAUCUUUGUGGACGUUCUAUUGGUACAAAAAAACAAGCAAAAGAAAAUGAAGGUAAUACAGAAGAUUUACCAGAAAAUUUUAAAAUUCAUUAUGAAACACUUAAUCUUGAAUUAAUUGGACAAUUAACAAUUAAACAAAUAAAAAAUCUUAGUACAUUAAUUGAUAAUGAAAUUGAAAAAACAAAAGAAAAUUUAAUUCGAAUUGAAAAUGAUCGUAAUUCUAAUUUACAUGAAAUAGGAAAUAUUGUUCAUGAAUCUGUACCUAUCAGCGAUAAUGAGGAUAAUAAUACAACAGAACGAACUUUUGGAGAUGUGGAAACACGUAAAAAGUAUUCUCAUUUUGAUUUAAUGCAUAUGAUUGGUGGUUAUGAUGGUGAACGUGGAGCAUUAGUUGCUGGAUCUCGUGGAUAUUUUAUGAAGGGUCCUGCUGUAUUUCUUGAACAAGCAAUUAUUCAAUUAGCUUUAAAUAUAUUAAGUGAUAAAGAUUUUGAAAUACUUUAUACACCAUUUUUUAUGCGAAAAGAAGUUAUGCAAGAAGUAGCUCAAUUAAGUCAAUUUGAUGAAGAACUUUACAAAGUUGUAUGUAAAAAUGAUAAACCAGGUGAAUCAAGUGAUGAAGAAAAAUAUUUAAUUGCAACAUCUGAACAAGCUAUUGCUGCUUAUCAUCGAGAUGAAUGGCUUGAAACUCAUCGAUUACCUAUACGUUAUGGUGGUAUUUCAACAUGUUUUCGACAAGAAGCUGGUUCUCAUGGUCGUGAUACUCGUGGUAUUUUUCGUGUACAUCAAUUCGAAAAGGUUGAACAAUUUUGUAUAACAUCUCCACAUGACAAUGAAUCAUGGAAAAUGUUUGAGGAAAUGAUUGGAAAUGCUGAAGAAUUUAAUAAAAAAUUGGGCAUUCCUUAUCGUAUUGUUAAUAUUGUUUCUGGUGAAUUGAAUAAUGCAGCAGCAAAAAAAUUUGAUUUAGAAGCAUGGUUUCCUGGUUCGGGUAAAUUUCGUGAACUUGUUUCAUGUUCUAAUUGUCUCGAUUAUCAAUCGAGACGUUUGAAAAUUCGUUUUGGUGAAACAAAAAAGAGCAAUGAAGCUGCUGAAUACGUUCAUAUGUUAAAUGCAACAAUGUGCGCAACAACACGUACUAUUUGUGCUAUUCUUGAAAAUUAUCAAACUGACGAUGGUAUACUUGUACCUGAAGUUCUUAAGCCUCUUAUGCCUAAAAGUAUGUUUAUUUUAUUUUAAAUCUUUUGUUU